UUUUGACUUAAGAAAGGGUUUUCAGGUUUCAUCAUAAUUUUUCUUCCUCAAUUCAAUUCAACACUUAUUUUUAUUUCACUCUUCUCAUUUCCCCAAAAAUAAAAUUAAAAUUAAAACCAAAACCUGCAAAAUUUCAAAUCCAAAUAAUCGCCAUCAUUUAAAUCACACCCAAUUUUCUCUCUCUUCAAUCACAUUUUCAGCGAAAAAACCCAAAUCGUUUUUUUUUUGUUCCACAGUGAAGACCACAGAUUUUGACCCGUGAAAUCGUUGAAUGAAAGUAACGAACUUUUUCGUGUGGUUUUUCAUUCGUACACACGUGUUGGUGAGAUGAGAAGAAGAAGAACUUGCAUGUUGUGAGAACGAGUUUUUUUUUCUUUUCUUUUUCAUGGCACCACCCAAACGCGUUUAUCAAGCAUGGAAAGGAAGGAAUAAAUUCAUAUUUGGAGGAAGGUUGAUAUUUGGGCCUGAUGCUAAGUCAUUGCUUGUCAGUUUGUUGCUGGUUAUAGUUCCGGUUAUUAUCUUCUGCGUAUUUGUAGUAAGGCAUCUGCGGCAUGAAUUUUCUUCAUAUAAUGCAGGAUAUGCUAUUUUGGUGGUGGCAGUUCUCUUUAAUAUUUAUGUGCUGAUUCUUCUCUUUCUUACAUCCUCGCGUGAUCCGGGCAUUAUUCCAAGGAAUUUACAUCCGCCAGAGGAAGAGUACCAUCAAGGCUCAUCCUUUUCUAUGGAUAUUGGGGGACAUGAAACACCAAGCUUUCAGAUUAGGAACUACCGUUACUUCUUUAUGUUUGUUUCUUCGGCGACUCUUCUAUGUAUCUAUGUGUUUUCCAUCUCAGCUUAUUACAUCAAGGUUCUGAUGGAUGAUAGUCAUGGGACAGUGUGGAAGGCAAUGAAAGCAUCCCCUGCAUCUGUUAUACUAAUGGCAUAUUGUUUCAUCUCUUUGUGGUUUGUUGGUGGACUAACUGGCUUUCAUUUGUACCUUAUUAGUACAAACCAGACCACCUAUGAAAACUUUCGAUACAGAGCAGAUAACAGGAUCAAUGUUUACAAUCGGGGGUGUCUAAAUAAUUUUCUGGAAGUAUUUUGUACAAAAGUGAAGCCUUCAAGGAACAAUUUCCGGGAUUUUGUUCAAGAGGAAGUACCGAGGCAACCUCCUCCAGUCAUUAUCCGGGAGCCUGAACCAGAUUUGGGGGGAGAUCCGCGUUCCAAGGUUGAAGAUGAUCUAGACAUCGGUGAAGACCUAUUAAAGAUAUCACAACGUCGGAAUAUUGAUGAAAUUGAUGACGAUAUUCGGAGCAGAGGGAGCAAUGGACCUUACAAUAUUACAUCAGAAGGUGAUUCAGUUUUAGGCUCAGAUCGUCGAACUCCAACAGUUCGAUCCGAAGAAAGGCACUCAAGUUGGAGAAGAAGUGGAAGUUGGGAAAUUGCGGCAGACGUACUUGCCAAUUCAAAUGUAACUGAAACUAGAAGCUAUGUUUCUUCGCGGCAAUGAUUUUGGUUUCUUUGAUGUUUGCAUAGCAUAUCAACUUUAGGUGAUAUGGGUUUUGCUUAUAUAUCAAAAAGAUGGAAUAGGGAAAUACUUCUUAAUCUUUGUUUACUUUUAUAGGAAUGUGAAUUGAAUUGAUUGAAACAUUAAGUAAAAAAACACUUAUUUGACCUUUUUUUGUUAAUCUUGGCCCUUA